AUGCCACCGCUCGACCUCGACCCCAGCACAGAAGCCACUUGCACAACCUGCGAUUUCGCCGAAGACCUCUCAAACUAUUGGACCGCGAAUCUCUACUUCAAAGCGCGUAACGGCACCUUCCAACGCGUCCCACAGAUGGUCAACUUGGGUCUACAGGGUAGAGAAGGCGUUACAGUGUACUACAUCCCGCCAUACGAUGGAAAGAGUACCGUGACCGCGUUUCCCAAGGGUUUCAGGAUGUUGGUCGGUGAUCCAGGCUUGAGGGCUAAGGAGGGCCAGCAGAAGCAGCUUUGCCAUCGCUGUUUCACGAACAAACAGCAAGAUCCGUUUGGAGGGGCGCCAUGUAUUGGGGAAUUCGACACAGCGAGCUUGCCACCGGGCAUGUGUGGGGGUGGAAUCAGGACGACUAUUACGUUCCCAACGUGCUGGGAUGGCAAGAACAUCGAUUCUCCGAACCACAAAGAUCACGUCGCGUACCCUACAUCUGGCUCCUUCGAAUCUGGCGGUCCUUGUCCAUCGACUCAUCCAGUGAAGAUGCCUCAACUCAUGUACGAGGUCAUGUGGGAUACUACGCCUUUCAAUGACGCGGCUCUCUGGCCUGGGGAUGGGUCGCAGCCGUUUGUUUACAGCAUGGGCGAUGCGACUGGCUACGGUCAGCACGGUGAUUAUGUCUUUGGCUGGAAGGACGGUGCGCUGCAGAAAGCGAUGGAUCAACGCUGCUUCGGAAACACGUGUACAGGGUUAACGACACAAGCUGCCGAUGUGUCGACCAAGUGCGGGGUACCACAGGCUGUGAAGGAGCCGGUUGAAGGCUGGCUUGAGAAGUUGCCAGGUGGCCCAGCCGUGACCUACGAGUGA